GGAGAAUAAUUAAUGAGAAUGCCCAAUGAAGUAUUAUCCGGAAAUGUCCUAUCUUUUGAAUUUUCUUCCACACUAUGUAUAGGGGCAUUUUUUGAGGAAGCAGUGUUUGGUAAAGAUGUCAAAUGGGCUUCUGAUUUUUGUAUCUGUUUCAUGAGCUGAAGCCCCCCCAAGAUUAUCUAUUCUGAUCUGCAGAUAUGGCACCGGAUUGGAAAGGAAAAGCUAUUGUCAUAAUGGGAGUUAGCGGUGCUGGGAAAUCAACCAUUGGUCAGAUGCUAGGUGAAGCUUUAAAAUGCUGCUAUAUCGAUGCUGAUGAUUACCAUCCACAAGCUAACAGAGAAAAAAUGAGAAAUGGGAUACCUCUAUCUGAGGAAGAUCGCAUACCGUGGCUUGAAACACUGAGAGAUGCCCUAAGAAGAAGUACAGGGAACGGAGGAACUGUAAUCCUUGGUUGCUCAGCUCUACAAAAGCACUACAGAGAAAUUCUUAGAUCUGCAGACCCGAAUUAUUAUGAACCAGGUUCUUACAUUUCUAUAGUCAAAUUUGUAUUGUUGCAUGCUCAGGCUGAUGUGCUCGCUGCUCGGCUGGAGAAGAGAGCCGCAGAGGGGAAACAUUUCAUGCCCGCAAAGCUCUUGCAGUCCCAAAUGGAUUUGCUUCAUAUUGAUGAAUCUGAAGGUGUGCUUAAGGUUGAUGCUACGCUAGAACCCCAGGCUAUUGUGAAUAUCAUCAUACAAGCUUUGAUCAUCAAACCUCAGUCACAGCGAAGUCCUUGAAUACUACAGCAUUUGACCAGUUUCUCACAAGCCGUGGGAUAAAGUGGUUUCUACAUUUAUGACUGUCCCCAGGCAGAUUCAGAAAAUACCACGAAGUUGGAUUUCUCUGUUAAUCUCAACUAUUUUGGUUGUCUUUGAAGAAGAUUUUGACUUUUUUUUUUUAAAGAAGCUUUCUAUCACGGAAUAAGAAAGGCACAAUAUACCGUGUUGCACUUCCCUAAUUGAUCAAAGCGGUUAACUGCAUUUGCUGUAG